AUGGCGCCUGCGAAAGGUUCCGCCUACAGCAAACGUAUCUGCAUCUUGCAUUCUUCUCUUCCGGCUGACGCGUUUGAAGGAACCAUCAAUUCUAUUGCAGCACCGAUAGAAAUUGACUCGGACUCGGAUUUCAAUGCUGGCCCUAUCAGAAAGGACGAUCUAGACAAGAGGAAGAAGCGGAAGACGAAAAAACCUGUGUCUUCUCGUCACAAAACGACACCGCGCGAAACUCCAGAGUCAUUUGAAGACUCGGAACAAGAACCACCAACCAAGAAACGGCGAACUUCGAGGAAGCAAGAGAGCAGAAAACAGCUGCAUCCUUAUGGACCAAGCCCCUUGCUCGCCUACUUUAAAGAUUCGGAUGCGGAAUCAAAUGACGACGAACAUCAACCAGAACGUGAACGGGACACAAACCUUGCACUUGAACCCGACCGAGCACGUAAACCUGAACCUGAUUACGAGGCCGACAACGAUAGGUCAGAAGAGGAGGAGGAAGAGGAGAGUGAUGAUAGCGAUGACGAUGGAGACAAUGAACCCCCAAAGAGCAUGUUUUCAGGUUAUGUCAAGCCAAAGCCUCAAGUUGGCAAAACUGAAAAUCACGACCCCGAGAAUUCUGAGACCGAAUCAGACGACGAGAUGCCUUCUUCACUACCGAAAUCCAAGCCGCUAUCAGAUGACUCUGUCACUGAGUCCGACAACGAACCUGAAGAAGCUGCGUCCCAAACCGAGUCCGACGACGAUAUUGACGUGGACUAUGGGCCUCCUCGACCGAAACAACGUCCACUUCCAAAUUUUCCGUUAGCAGAAGGCCAGGAACCAAUGGGUGCCCUGAUCCUCGACAAAUCGCAAGGUAUCAGAGUGCCGGGUGCAAUCAACACUUACCUUCGACCCUACCAACGGGAUGGCAUCAAGUUUUUUUGGGAUAGAUAUAACGAGAACAGGGGAGCACUUCUUGGUGAUGACAUGGGACUGGUUUGUGCUCUCUAUCAUAUGCUCGGCAACAGACUUGAUGUCGUGGGCGCUCUCUGUUCUAGGGUUCGAAAAACCAUUCAAGUUAUUUCACUCCUCUCCGCUGUGAUGAAGAAAUCUGGACACAAAACGGACCGCGAACGUAGGCGUAACCACGUAAUGGAGUUGCAAGAUGGUCCUCAGUGGGCAAAACAUCGAAAGCUUCCGCCAGCCAACGAAAAAUGGCCGACUGCUUUGAUCAUUGCCCCCUCUAGUGUCGUAUACAACUGGGAUCGAGAGUUCGAGAAAUGGGGCUAUUUUGAAGGCAAGAUCUCUGUCGUCCACAUAGGACCCGAACAGCAACGGCGGGAAGUCCUCGAAGACUUCAAAUUAGGCAGGCUCGAUGUUGGAAAACUCGGCACCGCUAAGGAGUGGAAGUUCUAUGUCACUGACCCGCUGGCCAUGAGCCAGUCUUCGACUGCGACAGAUGUGCAACAGUACCGUGGACGGAGGGUCGCCAUGAUUUUGAAGCAUCGUCUCUUGCCACUACAUUUCCUUCGACGAACAAAAGAGGAUGUGAUUGCGGCUUCGAUGCCAAAGAAGACGGAUCAAGUUGUCUUUUGCCCAUUGAGCGAAAAACAAACCGAAAUCUACACCAAAAUCCUUGCCCAUCCAGAGAUUAAACUAGUAUUGAAGAGAAACAAUCCAUGCUCUUGCCAUUCUGGGAAGGCCCGUGGCAAAUGUUGUCAUCCCUACGACAAAGCCUCUGUUUUCAGAUUCCUUGCAGUUCUCCUCAAGCUUUCCAACCAUCUUGGCCUGAUACUACCCGCCCCUGGAGAUAGCCCAGAACAGCUCCAACGAAACAGAGAGUUGGCCGCCUUCGCCUUCCCCGGAGGCAAUGCUCCCUCUUUCCAAAUGGCGAUCAUGGACGCAAAUUACUGUGGUAAAUGGACUGUGUUGAUGAGUCUGUUAAAAGAGUGGAGGCAAGACACUGAAGCAAAGAACAAAGUGUUGAUCUUCACCAAAUCCGUCAAAUUGCUCGACAUGAUGUCGUUCCAGCUCAAAAUGGAGUCUAUAAGCUACAUUCAGCUCGACGGCAGUACGAAGGGCGAAGACCGAAUGAAGCUCAUUGACGAUUUCCACAACGAAUCCAAGGACAUCUUUGUUUUCCUCAUCUCGAUCUUGGCAGGGGGUACAGGUUUGAACCUUACUGGAGCCAACAAAGUUGUGAUAUUCGACCCUAAUUGGAACCCUGCACAUGACCUGCAAGCUAUGGACCGCGCGUUUCGUUUAGGUCAGAAACGAGAUGUCUCCGUCUUCCGUCUUCUCGGAGCUGGUGCAAUCGAGGAGUUGAUAUAUGCGCGGCAACUAUACAAACAACAGCAAAUGCAGAUAGGGUAUUCUGCUAGUAUCCAAACGCGAUAUUUUGAAGGCGUGCAAGGCAAUUCAGCGAAGCAGGGCGAGCUUUUUGGCUUGAACAACAUAUUCAAGCUUCACGACCAGGGCGAGUCAACGAAACACAGGAUCGAGAAUGCCUACAUUGCGCAACUGGACUGGAAACUGAAGAACGCUAGACCUGGCAAGAAAUCGAAAAAUGACAUGGAUUUAGACAUGGCUGGGAUGGAAGGCGCAGACGGUGAUGAUUUCGCCGGUCUCGGCGCGCUCCUUUUCAGUGAAGCACUGCCACAACAAGAGGAAAUGCCUGUACCGUCAACCUCUAAAGAUGCCAUGGCAGGCAUGUAUGUUCACGAGAAUCCUGAUGUUCUCGCUCCAAGCAAGAUCGAGGAGGAGCGGACGGCAGCCUUGGAAAAGCGCAUGCGUCGCGAGUCGAAAAAAAAGAAGAUGAAGUCCGCUGCGGCUGACCGAGAAGGGAGCCCACAAGAACAAUGGCCACCCAUACGAGUCCACAAGAAAGCGAGACUUUCUUCGCCUGCCUCAGAAGAUAUUCGAUUCGAGGACCGGCUGCACGCUCUCAUCGGCACCGGCAUUAUCGAUAACCCAAGGGAGCUUGCGAGUUUUGCCCAACGAUUUGCACGUUAUAGUCCAGCGGAACAGGCGUCCACACUGGCCAUUCUCAACAACUGGACGGCCAACGCGCCAGACGAGUCGGAUGAUGAGGGAGUGAUGAGUGUAGACUCUGAACCAGAGGACAUAUAG